AUGUUUCCAAACCUAUUGUGCAUUAAAUAUCGAUUAGUCAAUGAAGCCCCAAUCAAGGAUAGUCUUGCUGAUAUUAUAAGGAAAGAUUUUUUCCAACCUGUUUCAUCUUUCAAAGACGAUCUUGAACGUGUUCAGCUUCUCCAGAAUUCCAUUGCUCAUGCAUCAAAAUCAGAAGAUAGCCCUUUUGAAUGGUUACAAAACCGCUUGGAGGAGUAUUACUACCUCGUCAAAGAUAUAUUAGUCAAAUUCCCUGAGAACUGUGUUACAUUUACGUGGUAUGAUACGCUAGGAUAUAAACCAAGACAGUGCCCAGCCACUGGUUGGAAUAAAGAACAGUCGCAAUUGAUUUAUCAGAUGGGAUGUCUUUUUUCUCAGAAAGCAUGUAAUGAAAAUUCCUUUACAGAUGAUGGAUUGAAACAAGCAUGCUCAUACUUCAAGCUUGCUGCUGGUUGUUUUGAUGUUCUUGUAAAUGAGCAGUCGGAUUUGAAGUUCCUCGAUGAUAACACUCUUCUAUGCUUGAGAUCACUUAUGGUAGCAGAGGCACAGGAGGUAGUUUGGCUGAAAGCAAUAUCCAAUGCAACUAUGAAAAACUCAGUGAUUGCUCGUCUCUCCAUAAAAGUGUCUGAAUUAUACCAAGUAGCGUUGAAAUACGCCGAAAACUCCGAUCACAUAAUUUUAGACUGGAUCAAUCAUUUCAAGGUGAAAAUACAUCACUUUCAAGCAGCGUCUCACUACAGAAUGGCUAUUGUGGCACAAGACCAUUUUGAGUAUGGAGUGCAAGUGGCCCACUUGAAGCAUGCCUCCGAAUGUUGCACAAAAGCAAUACAAUUCAAGCGAUAUGUUAAUCAGAAUGUCGUUGAAGACUUAGUAGGUUUAAUGGAUGCAGUCAACACCAGUUAUCGCUCUGCUGAAAAAGACAAUGAUUUGGUUUAUUUGAAACCAGUUCCACAUUAUAACGAACUACCAGAAAUUCUAGGGGUGUCUAUGGUUAGCAUUGAGACACCUACAUUUUUGAAAAGCAGGCCCGAAACUUGCAAAGAAGUUUUCAAGACCUUAUUACCUUUUCGCGUCAUUCAAGUUGCACAGGCUUUUAGAGAGAGACAAGACCAGUUCAUCAUUGACAAGUUUCAAAAGCCCGUACAUGCACUUUCUCAAUUACUCAAUACAUUUUUGACAGAGCGGGACUUGCCUGCUUCAAUUGAUACCAUUCAAAAACCAGAGAAUUUGCCAGACUCAAUUGUUCAUCAUGCGCAAGAAAUAUCCUCUUAUGGUGGAAUAGAGUUCAUUGAACUGUCGAUGGACGAAAUUUCAAAACUAAGGCAAAACUGUAUUGAGUUGGUUGUAUCUUGUGAGGAACGACUUCGCAUGGAAAAAUACGAAGAUGAUUUGCUAAGGCAUAGGGAAGGAUCUACCCGCUGGAACCGGCCAUCUUCAGAUGUUGUGUCAUCGGCACUAUAUUCUAGAAUCGAUAGAAUGAAGGGUUAUCUUGAGCAGGGAAAACAAAGUGAUAACCUAAUCGGUCAAAGGUAUUUCUCUAUUCAAGAUAAACUAAAGGUUUACUGCGAAGGGUAUGAGCUGCUUAAACGCAGCAUUCCAUGCUCGACGCAUGUAAAAGUUGAUCCCUCCGUUGGUAAGCUAUUGUCAGAAUUAAGGCAAUUGCUCGUUGAUGUGGAAAAGAUGGAGGCGAACAGGCAUAGAUUCUUGUCAAGCAUUGAAAUAAAAUCAAGAGAACACGCAAUAUUACCAGUUAUUUUGAAUGAUUUCAAGAGGAACCCUGGUAAGUUCCAGGACCCCGAAGGAGUAAUUGACGCGACUAAAUUUGAAUUGUUUUACGAACAACAUUUAAAGUACUUUAGCAGUGACCUAGAGUACGUGGAGAAACUGAAGAGAAAGCAGAUGGAAUUGGAAGAAGAAAUCCAUAUAGCCAAUGUUAAAUUUCUGGAGGCGAAAUCAAUAAGUUAUGACCAUUCUCAGAAGUUGAGGCACGAUGCCUUACAGGAUUUUGAAUUUGCAUACACACAAUUCUUGGAGUUGAUUUCGAACUUAAAUGAUGCUUCGAAAUUUUACACUGAUUUUAUGGAUAGAGGAAAUAUUGUCCUCCGAGAAACGGAAGAUUUUCUAUAUUCGAGGAGGGAAGAAGCUCGCGAACUCGAAAUCAGUAUCCGCAAUCAGGAGAAAUUAUCCAAUAUAGAACAGAGUAUGGUAUCUGGAAAUACUCCUAUGCACUUGCCUCAGGCCCAAAAAGCCACUAGAACAUUACGAAGAGAUUGA